AUGACUUUCAUCGUUGAAGAUGAUUCUUCUCCAUUGCUUUUGACUCCAAUUCUGAUGCUGCCAGUUGGGCCUGUCGGUGAUGAUCUAUCUGGAUUGAUCCAUGUGCAGGACGACAGUAUUAAAUUAACCGUAACCAAUGAAGGAUCAGAUGAAACAGGAAGUCAUGGAGACAGUGGUCAUAUUAGUGGUAAUAAUUCAUUAGAUAAUACGCCGGAACAUGGUGCCUCCAGACAAAGUCAUUUAUCAGUACCGUCAUUACAACUGUCAACUACCAGUAAUGAUAAAGUGGGUAUUGAUAGUAUAGAUGAAGAAGAUGAAAAUAUUGACUAUCUUGUGGCCUCCCAUAAAUCUAUGGGUUCUACACGCAGUCUCAAUAGCAGGGGCUUGUCUUCUCUGUUUAGUGGUAGUCGAGAGAGUAUAUUAAGUAUAUAUAGUGAUGCAGGGGAGAUAAACUAUGGUAAAAUACCGGUAUCUGGAGAAGUGUUACUGGGUAUAGAUUAUAACUAUAAAACUGGUGCUCUAGAAAUCUACGUUAAACAAUGUAAAGAUCUAGCUCCUGUUGAUACCAAACGUAAACGUUCAGACCCAUACAUCAAAACUUACCUACUGCCUGAUAAAACCAGAGGUGGAAAGAGAAAAACUAAAAUUAAGAAGCAUACAUUGAGUCCAGUUUUUGAUGAAGUCUUGAGGUAUACAAUAUCUAAAAGUGAAGUAGAAAAUCGUAUUUUAUGGAUAGCUGUCUGGAACAAUGAUAGAUUUGGUCACAAUGAUUUUCUAGGGGAAGUAACUCUAUCUUUAGACACCUAUAAAUUUGGUGAUUCAUCUCCCAAAUGGUAUCCUCUACAAGAAAGGUUUGAAGAACCCCAGCUGGGAUCAUUAAUGCCAUAUAAGGGAGAUCUGAUCAUUUCACUACGCUACAUUACACCAGACUUAUUAGCUAAAGAAUCUGCCAAAAAAACAAAAGUGAAGAAGAGUAAAACUGGAAAAGGAGCAUUACAUGUUAUGGUGAAGGAAGCUAGAAAUUUAACAGCUUUAAGGUCCAAUGGUACAUCAGACCCAUUUUGUAAAGGGUAUUUAUUGCCAGAUAAACAUAAAUCAGGAAAACAGAAAACUCCUACUAUAAAGAAGAAUUGUAAUCCAGUUUGGAAUUAUUUGUUUGUGUUUGAGGAUAUUGAUAAAGAAGAAUUAUCAGAACGUAGUUUAGAAUUAACCAUCUGGGACCAUGAUACAAUUUCUAGUAAUGAUUUCUUGGGAGGUAUCAGAUUUAAUCUUGGUGCAGGAAUAUAUGAAAAUAAAGCUGUAGAAUGGAUGGAUGGUCGAGGAGAAGAAAUAGCUAUUUGGCAAUGUAUGAUAGACAGACCCAACACAUGGAUUGAUGCUUGUGUUAAUCUCAGAGCAACAAUGGGGAAAAGCUCACCUAAAAAAUGA